ACCCUUUGACCUUUGCCUUUGGCCUAUGAUCCAAAGUGUAAACAUUACUCUGAAUGCAUAGAACAAUCUAGUGACAGAACUGAGAAAGUGCUUAGGGAAACUAAACAUAUCUUUUGAUACAAAUUAUUACUGAAACUGAAUACACGGUUAAGGUGAUUGAUACCAUGGCUUUGUCAUUGAAUUUGUCACCUUCUACAGUUUUAGUCACCGGAGCAUCUCGUGGCCUGGGGCUUGAGUUUGUAAAACAAUUCUUGAAACUACCAGUACCGCCCAAAAUUUUGAUUGCUGGUUGCAGAAAUCCUAAUACUGCAGAAAGUCUCAAGAAUAUUGCCAAUGCUAAUCCUUCUGUGAAAGUAAUUAAAUUGGAUGUCCAGAAAGAUGAAGACAUUGAAAGAGCUUCACAGGUACCACAGAAAAUUGAGUUUGAGAAAAUUUGCGAUAUUUAAUUAUUCUAAUUCUAAUAAAUAUAAUUAAUAAUACUUUACUAGAUUUGGCUAAUAUUAAGGAUGGCUGCCACGGCUGCGUCUUUUGUGUGUUUAUUAAAUAAAUUAUAGUUGCUUGAAGGAUUGAUUUAGGGUUCAGGUUAGGCAUAGGGAUCGAUUUAGGGUUCAGGUUAGGCAUAGGGAUCGAUUUAGGGUUCAGGUUAGGCAUAGGGAUCGAUUUAAGGAUACAUUUGUGAAAUUCUAUAAAAUAGUGGCAGUCCAUAAAAUUUACCCUAGAUUUAAUUUAAUUAAUGAAUAAUUUUGACUAAGAGUAAGACUAAUGACUAAUGAUAAUGACCAAUACUAAUACUACUAAUAGUAAUGGCAAUGGUAUUUAGUGACAUAUUUAAUUUAAUGAUGUUUGUUAUAAUUAUAUAUUUAUAGUAUAGGAUUGUUUUUUAUCUAAACUUUCUAAUAGUAUACUUUAACUUUAAACUGUUCAUUUCACGAUUCAUAGUGAUCCUCUGAGUUGACUAAUACUAAUGUUUAGGACUGCAGGUGUCCUUUUGUGUUCUUCUUCUUCUUCUUUAUUUUAAGGGCCCACGAUCAAUGAAUUGAUCAUUCUGGCUCCUAUGUUUCAGAGAGGUUUGCGAUGUUACUGUCCAUGGGUUUCAAUGGGAUACUUCACUGGUUGCAAGGGCGACUCAGCAGUGGUGUUAUGAACUGGGGGUUGGAAUACAGGAGGCAAUAGACACAAAUGUAUCGAGUGUAGCCGCCUCAACUGUUGCUUUUGGAAGCUUGUUCCAGUCCCCUAUUGUCUUCGGCAGGAAUGAGGAGCUUCUGUACUUCGUUCUUGUUUUUACCAGCCGGAACUGUUUGUCGUGACUUCGUCGCAGUCUGGGGGGAAGAUUAACGAGUUUCUGUUUGAUUCCGGAGCAGUGCACCAGUCCAUUUGUUAUCUUGUACAACAUGGUGAGCCUGGAUAGUCGUCGUCGUUCUUCCAAUGUCGACCAGCCCAGUGUUUCCAGCAUGCUGCCAACACUCGAGGUGCUUCUGUAGCGGUUCAUGACAAAGCGUGCUGCCCGUCGCUGGACCGCCUCCAACCUGUCUAUGCUUUUCUGGGUAAAUGGGUCCCAGACUGUAGAAGCAUACUCUAAAAUAGGUCGGACAAAGGCUUUAUAGGCUUUUUCUUUCACGCUUGAGUUGCCGAUCUUCAGAUUGCGCCUUAGGAACCCCAGGGUCUUGUUUGACCGGUUGCACACACUGUUAAUGUGCUCGUCCCAGCGGACCUCUCUUUGGAUGGUAACACCCAAGUACUUAACGGAGGAAACUGGCUCAAGAAUAUGGCCAUACAGUUCGUAAGAGUGGUUUAGAGGUAACCUGCUUCUGGAGACUGUUUCAUUCAUCUGCACCCUGGGUAUGUCUAACUUAAUAACUGAAUUUAUAAUGAAAACUGUAACUGUACUAUUUCUAUUUCAGGAGACUAAAUCAAUUGUUGGGGAUUUGGGCCUGAAUUUACUAAUCAACAAUGCUGGCAUCUUAGACAGAGAUACUGGCAGUCUCAUAGCAACAACUAGGGAGAGUCUGCAGAAACACUUUGAUGUCAAUGUUACUAGUAAGGCUUCAUAUAUAUCCCUUGCUCAUUUUAGUUAUUUAAUAGUUGAUUACACAAGUUUAAUAUUUGUUUUUCCAGUGGUUAAAAACCCCACAAACCUUUGGAUUUAUUGCAAGCAUAAAUGCAUUUUAAUCUUGCCUCGUUUUUUUUUCUAUCUAGUUAAAAAGUUGGAUCGAUCUGACUACAGUUUGAUAUUUUUGCAUUGGUUAGAGUCCACAACAGGGUUUGUCUAUGAUAGAAAUUAGUUCUAUAACUAAAUUAAAAACAAACAAGAGAAAUCUUUUGAUCUAAUUUCACAAUUUUGUUGAAGAAAAAAUAAUAUUUUUGCUGGCAAUAAUUAGCAUGCACCAUGUCUAAGAUUUCAGCAUCUGCUGACAGGAUUUACACAGCAAUAACAAUAUUUAGAAACUCUCUUUUCAAAAAUGAGAGAUAACUUAGAUAGUAUUAAUUUAAGAAAAUGAGGCUUGUAAAAAUGUUCACCUUUGAACAGGAUUGAGUGGUAAUAAUCAUUGACCGUUGACUAAGACUAAAAAGGAAUCAUGCCUAUUUGUACUACUAUUUUUUAAAAAAUUAUCUGAAGUUUAGGCAAUAUUUUCUUUUUUGUAAAAUUUUGAUUAUUUUAUUCACUAGGUCCAAUAAUAGUUGUGCAAAAGUUUCUCCCCCUUCUUAAUCAAGCAUCAGCUUUGAUUAAGUCAAAUGAGCUAAGUGCAAGCAAAGCAUGUAUUGUUAUGAUUUCUGCAGCGUUGGGAUCACAGAAACUCAUUGCUGAUGGAACUUUUGCUCAUGCUAACUGGACCCCCUACAAGUACGCUAUGCAAUUCAUUUUGAAUCUACCUUUUUCCACUGCAGAGCUAAGAGUUUUAAAAUAAAACUGUUGUGCUCUAAUUCUAAUUUUACGUUCUUCGUUAACCCCCUUUGAUUUUCUGUGGUGUAUGGAUUACUGUCCUUAGACUGUCUUAGCAAAUUGCUUAGCAUUACAAAUCUCCCCUGUUUAUAUUAUUAGUGAAAACUGCAUUUUGUCAUUUGAUUGAGCAAUGAAAAUCAUAGGGACACUUGCAGUGGUUUGUACUUGUUUUGGUAAGUUUCAGACAUUUUUCAUGACCACCAUUAUUUUCUUCAAUUUUUCAAGGGCUUUUUUCCUUCUCAAGAUUAGUUUCUCCACUUGUCCUAUUGCUCCAGAAGCAUUCCAUCUAUAUCCCUACUACUUCAUGAUUAUAAGAUUGACACACUACCUUUUUUGACUGCAGUGGUUCUCAGGAUCAUUUGCAGGGGCUGCUAAAAUUAAAAUGCUCAGGAGGUUUUUAAGACAUUGGGAUCAAUGGUCCCUUUAAGCUGCGCGGCCGUACACCUAUCUCACAGCCGCUGCGCAGCAGUUUUGAGUAUUCGCGCAGCAAAUUUCCAUUUAAGUGUGUUUGUGGGCUGUAAAAUUUUGCACACAAAAAAAUUGAUGCUGUAAAACUUUGCAUACAACUGUAUGAUUUUGCACACUAACCAGCGAACCUUAGAGGGAACAUUGAUUGGGAUUACUGUAGAAGACUCGGGUGAAUUUUAAAGAAAUGAAAAUUAUAUAUUUAAAAUGUUCAGGCGCUUCAGGAAACAACAGAUCUUUGUAAUAACUUUAAAACAGAAGUACUAGCUGCUGUUCAAUUUUUGGGGUGGGGGUGGACUAUCCGUUAGUUAGAAAUACCCAUGUAAAAUUAACAAAACAUUUUGUGUGGUCUAGGAAGGAAAAAAUGAAAUUAAAUAAAACAUUUGAAGAAUGCUCUACUUUUUAUUUUUCUGUCAGUUGUUCUAAAACUGCCUUGAACAUGGCUACUAUCAUGAUAUCUAGAGAAGUCAGGGAUUCUGGGAUAUUGGUGAUUGGCCUGCAUCCUGGCUGGGUCCGCACUGACAUGGGUACUGAUGAGGCACCAAUAGGACCUGAAGAGAGUAUUGCAGAUUGUCUAAAAGUCAUUAGUGAAGCAAGAGAAGAAAGCAAUGGGAGGCAACUUGACCUUAAAGGGAAAGUCCUUCCAUUCUAAGAGUUUGCUCCCUUUAUUUAUCCUCGCUCCUUGGCAUGGUGAAAUAACAUUUCCCUCUGAGCAUUUAAAUGCUAUUUUGUGUAAAAUAGUUGUGCAGAAUUAUAGUGUAUUUUAAUUAAUAUCAGCAAUAUUUAUGCUUAAUUUUUUUUAAUGUUAUUAUAUUCGGAAUGUUUACAUUCUAAAGGACAUUCAUUUAUAAAAAAUGUGAUCUUUAUUGAUUAUCAGUAUUUUAUUGAUGUUUGAUCAGGUUUUCAGAUCUGACAUGUUUAACACAGAUUUAAAAAAAAACCUGUUGAUUGUUAAUGUAAAUUCUAGUUCAUAAGAAAUAACCAAAGAUGUCAUUUUAUUUAAAUUUUGCCUUAAAUCAAGCUUUAAUAACUUAAACAUUAUGCUAAUUGUAUUGUGAUAUUGAUUUGAAUAUUGCAUUUUGAAAUGUUUUCAGAGUGCCAAACACUUCAUGCCAAAAUGUUUACAAUUAUUAAUAUUAAUUAUUUCAAGCGAGGCAGUUGAUUUGGAGUCAAACCUUUUUUUAAUAUGGUUGUAAAAUUUUUCUCCAACACAAUUAUGAUUCUAAGAAAAUGUAUCAUGCCUAAGUCAGAAGCCCAAUUUUUGUGAUGUCAUUGUCAUGAUGGGAAUUUGUACCGGUACACUAUAAGGUACCAUUUCAUGUGUGUGCAUGCUACACAGGCUGGUACAAUGACUUGUGUGUGCCCGCAACAUUGUCUGGAAUCUUGUCAUGAGACUGCCUGCUAGAACAAGUAAUUGCCAUAUAUGUUUAUUUUAAAGUUAGAUAAGUAUAUCAUUUAUUUUCAUAGACAGUGUGCAUGAAAAUUAUGCCUUGUCAGCAUCAUUCAUAUUUUUUUGAUACUCUCGACACAGAAAGUUUUUGAAAAUUGUUUAUUGGCUAAGUUACUUUGUUUAUUUAAUAGAUAAUCGCUUUGAAUUUUUUCACUAUAAUUUGAUUCUUGAUAAUUAUUUUUAGAUAUCAAGUGAAACAUUUUUCACAAGAUCAUUCAUUAAGAAUAACCAAAGACUAAUUAGGUGUAACAAUAAUGUUUUUAGCCUGAAGAGAUUUCUUUGGACCCAGAGGGAUUUGUGUUUUCAGUUUGCAAUUUAAGUUGUUAAAAGCUAUUGUCAGAAUCAGCCUCAUGCCUCUCUUUAAAAAAAAAAAAUAGUAUGAGGUUUUCCUUUUACAUAUAAAAAGUAUAAAUUAACCAGAUAAAUACUCUGUGAUUGGCCAAUAGAAACUACAGGAUACAUUCUUCUCUUUUUAACUGAAGAGUGUACACCCUUUUCUCUUUUGGCAUGAAUAAAUUUAACCUAAAUUUUGAUACCAGUAUUCAAAGUGGAGUUUAAAACUCAGUAAAAUAUACCCUCUGUAAAGUUUAGGAAUGCACCACUAAGAAAUAAAAAUGUUGGAGAUAGAUAAGGGCCUAAUGACUGUAUCUUAGACUAGGAAUUCAAUUUUACCAUUCAUCCUUUACACUUCCUACUUAUUUUAAGGAUAGAAAAAUUGAGAUCCUGUUGAGAACUCUUAACUACUUACUUAACUCUUGCAUUCUAACUCUGUAACCAAUUAUAUUCCAAUGUAUUGGUUACAAGUUUUUAUCAUUUCCAAAUUUAAUCAGUUUCUUUUCUGUGCUAUUUUAUGUCAUAUAUAACUCAGCAAUCAUAAUAUAAUUUCUUCACAUUAUUUUCUUCCUUGUUUAAAAAACAAAUUAAAAUUAAAGUUAACAUUUUCUGUUUGUGGGGUUCAUUUAAAA